AAAUACCUUUUACGUCUACCACCCCUGGUGCAAUGGCCUCCUCUGAGCCUGGGACUAUGCACUAUAAAAUAAUUGAUAGUGAUUGUGACAAGACUAAGUUCAAUACUCAAGACAAUAGCAUCAAAGGGCCUGCUGAAGUAAAGAUCAAUAACCCUCAUUCGCAAGCCAGUUUUCUAAUUAUAGGAUCAAACAAUUCAUAUUUAAACCAGCCAUCAUCAAAACUGAAACUCCCAACGAGCAAACCAACUUUAAGUGCUUCCUUGACCACUGAAGAGGAGGCAGAGUUAUCUUCUGUCGAUUUUUAUUUUCUUUUGGGAAACAUGAACAUAAAAGGAAAUUCACUAACAUAUGAGCGCACAGAAUUCAAAUGCCUUCACUGUUCCUUUUCCACAGCAUGGCGUCCCUCACUGGUGAAACAUAUGAAAAAUAUUCACAAAGAUGUUUUAGAGUUUCACACAUUCCUAGACAUUCGUAACAUUGAACCCCCAAAUAACUGCAAUUUAAAUUCUGAAG